AUGAAGACCCUUCUGCUGUUGGCAGUGAUCAUGGCCUUUGGCCUGCUGCAGGUCCAUGGAAGUUUGCUGGAUUUUGCCCGAAUGAUCAAGUACACGACAGGAAGGGAAGCCGUGUCCACUUUUGGCUUCUACGGUUGCUACUGUGGCCUGGGUGGCAGAGGAUCUCCCAAGGAUGCAACAGAUUGGUGCUGCGCGGCACAUGACUGUUGCUACAGGCAGCUGGAGAAACGCGGCUGUCGCCCCAAGACACGGAGCUACAAGUUUAUUUACCGCCGGGGCCAAAUCAUUUGUGAGGAUCGGGACUACUGUAAGAAACAGCUGUGUCAAUGUGACAAAACAGCUGCCGAUUGUUUUGGGAAAAACCAGAAGACCUAUAAUAAAAAGCUCCAAUACUACAGCAACCUGCUGUGCAGUGGGAAGGCCCCCCGGUGCUGA